GUCACGUCAGGUGCAACGUGUUGUUGACUGAUGUUCAAAAUUAGUCUUAUUUUAAUGAAAGUAUUUUAUAUUAUUAAAUAUCUACAGCUUGAAAAUGGCAUUGGACAGGAAGGGUACAUUCAAGGUUGAAUAUCUUCAGGAAAUUGAGAAGAAAGUUCAGGAAAGAUGGGAGAGCCAGAAGAUUUUUGAAGUUGAAGCUCCUGAUGAUGGGAAAUCACAUGAGAAGUUUUUGUGUACUUUUCCAUAUCCAUACAUGAAUGGACGCUUGCAUUUGGGUCAUACAUUUUCUCUAUCCAAAUGUGAGUUUGCCUGCAGGUACUACCGGUUGAAAGGUAGAAUGGUGCUGUUUCCAUUUGGAUUCCACUGUACUGGGAUGCCGAUUAAAGCUUGUGCUGAUAAGCUAAAGCGAGAAAUGGCUGUAUAUGGUUGUCCUCCAGUAUUUCCUGAAGAUGAGGAGUUAAUUGUCAAGGAUGAAGAUAUUAUACCCAAAGACAAAAGUAAAGGCAAGAAAAGCAAAGCCGUAGCCAAGACUGGUGGUUCAAAGUACCAGUGGCAAAUCAUGAAGAGUAUUGGUGUUCCUGAAGAGGAGAUCAAAGAAUUUGCCAAUGAAAGCUACUGGCUUGAAUACUUCCCACCUCGUGCUGUUACAGAUUUGAAGAGAAUGGGUAUUCAUGUAGAUUGGCGACGUAAGUUUAUAACAACAGACGCCAAUCCGUUCUAUGAUUCAUUUAUAAAAUGGCAGUUCAACCACCUUAAAGAUCGUAACAAGAUAAUGUACGGUAAAAGGUACACGAUAUUUUCGCCAUUGGACAAACAACCUUGUAUGGACCACGACAGAAGCACUGGUGAAGGGGCAGGACCACAGGAAUAUACUUUGAUCAAGAUGGUAGUGCUGGAACCGCUACCUAAUUGCCUCAUAUCUCUUAAAGGCAAAAAGAUAAGUUUAGUUGCGGCCACCCUUCGGCCAGAAACAAUGUAUGGUCAAACUAAUUGCUGGGUGCACCCCGAUAUCAAAUACAUUGCGUUCGAAACCGUCAAAGACGGAGUGUUCAUUUGCACAAAACGCGCCGCUCGGAAUAUGUCUUACCAAGAUUUUACCGAAAAAGAUGGAGAGUUCAAAAUCUUACUGGAAAUUGUUGGUCAGGAUCUUCUAGGUUUGUCUGUACAAUCUCCAUUUACUUGCUAUCCGAAGAUCUAUGCGCUUCCUAUGCUAACAAUCAAGGAAGACAAAGGCACUGGCAUUGUAACUAGUGUUCCGUCAGAUUCACCUGAUGACUAUGCAGCUUUAGUGGAUUUGCAAAAGAAACCAGCUUUCAGGGAGAAGUAUGGAAUCGCAGAUGACAUGAUCCUGCCUUUCAAACCAGUUCCUAUUUUGGAAACACCCGAUUUCGGCAACUUAUCAGCUGUGUAUUUGUAUGACGAGCUAAAGAUUCAAAGUCAGAAUGACAGAGAGAAGUUAACUCAAGCCAAAGAAAUGGUGUACCUCAAAGGGUUUUAUGAUGGAGUUCUGCUUGUGGGUGAACAUAAAGGAAGUAAGAUUCAAGAUGUGAAGAAGAAUUUACAAACAAAGUUAAUCCAAGAGGGUAAAGCUGUGAUAUACUACGAGCCUGAGAAGACAAUCAUCUCUAGAUCUGGAGAUGAGUGUGUUGUAGCGCUUUGUAACCAAUGGUAUCUCGACUAUGGCAAUGAGGAAUGGAAAGGCCAAGCUGAAAAAGCCCUUGAGGCCAUGAAUACUUAUCAUGAUGAGGUCAGAAAAAAUUUCCAGGCGACUUUGAAAUGGCUUCACGAGUAUGCAUGUUCCAGGACUUAUGGUCUUGGAACUAAAUUACCUUGGGACCAGCAGUGGGUUAUUGAGUCAUUGUCUGACUCAACCAUUUACAAUGCCUAUUACACAAUUUCACAUUUUCUACAAGGCGAUACGUUUAGGGGAAACAAAGAGAAUACUCUCAAAAUUAAACCGGAACAAAUGACUAGUGAAGUUUGGGAUUACAUCUUCUUCAAAGAGGCGCCUCUACCUAAAAAUACUGUGAUUGAUAGAAAAUCUUUAGAUCUCAUGAGAAAAUCGUUUCAAUUUUGGUACCCAGUUGACUUGAGAGUUUCUGGAAAAGACUUAAUUCAGAACCAUCUAACAUUUUACAUAUACAAUCACUGUGCAAUGUGGCCCAAUGAGGAAGAGAAAUGGCCUAAAGGGAUCAGAGCUAAUGGUCAUUUAAUGUUGAACUCUGCAAAAAUGUCCAAGUCGGAGGGAAACUUUUUGACGCUUUCCGAAUCCAUUGAGAAGUUUAGUGCCGAUGGCAUGAGACUUACAUUGGCUGAUGCAGGGGAUUCCGUAGAAGAUGCCAACUUUGUCGAGAGUACUGCGGACGCGGCGAUAUUGAGGCUGUAUACUUUUAUUGAGUGGGUCAAAGAAGUGCUCGCCUCGAAGUCAACUUUGAGAAGUGGUGACUACAAUUUCCACGAUAAAGUCUUCGUGAGCGAGAUGAACAUCAAGAUACUGCAGACGGACGAUAACUACAACAGGAUGCUGUUCAAAGAGGCCCUGAAGAGUGGGUUCUUUGAGUUGCAGGCGGCCAGGGACAAGUACCGCGAGCUGUGCUCCGAGGGCGGGAUGCACGUCGAGCUGGUCACCAAGUACAUUGAAGUUCAGGCGAAGUUAAUGUCGCCGAUAUGUCCGCACGUCGCCGAGUACGUCUGGGAACUGCUCGGUAACAAAACAAGCAUCCUGCACUCUCGCUGGCCGGUCGCAGGCGACGUCGACGAGGUGGCGGUGAGGGCCAGCAACUACCUGAUGGACGCCGCGCACUCGUUCCGUGUCUACUUGAAGAAUCACUGCGCACUCAAGAAACCGAAGAAAGGCGAAACGCCUAAACCAGAGAAGAAGCCCAACAAGGCGGUCAUUUGGGUCGCUAAGGAGUUCCCGAAGUGGCAGCGCAUUAUUUUGACGACGCUCAAAGAACUUAACGGGCCGGACGGUCUCCCGGACAACAAGGUGAUCUCGAGCCGGCUGUCGCAGCUGGACGAGCUGCGGAAGUACUCUAAGCGCGUGAUGCCGUUCGUGCAGGCGACGCGCGAGUGCGUGCGGCGCGACGGCGGCGCGGCGCUGGCGCUGGCGCUGCCCUUCGCCGAGGCCGCCGUGCUGCGGGACAACGCCGCCUACCUGCGAGCCACGCUCGAUUUGGACGCGAUAGAGGUGAAGUACACGGACAGCGCCGACGCGCCGGAGCGGAGCCGCGAGGAGUGCGCCCCCGGACAGCCGCACAUCACGUUCAGCGCCGAGCCCGCCCUCCCGCUCGUCCUGCUCAACCCCACGCCGCUCAACGGACUCUUCACCCUCAGCGUCGACGUGGCUGACGGAGACACCGUCGACAAACUCAAGGCGAAACUUGCCAAGGACGUGAAGGCUAUCAAAGAUGUCACGAGCAUAAAGUUGUGGCGUUACAAGGAUCCGAUCUUGGGUCCGAGGAAGAUUCCCGUUCCGGGUGAUCACGAGAGCAAGUGUGAAGUUCUGCACGACAACUGCGUCUUCAAAGUAGAUGUGAACGCAAAUAAAGUUGAAUUAGUUUCGAACGGAACUAAUACGGAAAUAGGUACACAACUAGUGUACACUUACGAAAAGUAAUUUUUUGUAAUUUAAGUAAAUAUUUAUAU